AUGGAUUUAGCUUUUUUAGUUGACAUAACUACUCAUUUAAAUGAGUUAAACGUACGUCUUCAAGGUAAAAAUCAACUCAUUAGUAAUAUGUUUCAAAUAAUAAAUGCCUUUGAACUGAAACUUAAAUUAUGGCAAAGUCAAGUUAAGGUGAAUAAUUUUAUGUAUUUCCCUGUGUUGGCCGAAUACAAUCCCAAGAAUAACGAGGAAUAUGCUUCUUUGAUUUUAGUUUUAAUUAAUGGAUUUGAAACCCGUUUUCAAGAUUUUCGUAAGAAUAGUCAACUCUUAGCUAUUUUCACAACACCAUUUUCGGUUGAUAUUAUUGCUGUGGAAACUAAAUUUCAAGUGGAAUGCAUUGAGUUGCAAUCAUCUGAUAUUCAACUCAAAGAAAAAUUCAAUCAGUCAUCUUUAUUAGAUUUUUAUAAAUUAUAUCUACCCAAAGAAACAUAUCCAGUCCUUCAUGACCAUGUCUUAUUCAUGUUCUCGCUUUUCGGCAGUACUUACAUUUGCGAACAAUUGUUUUCAAGAAUGAAAUACAUAAAGAGUAAGAAUCGGUUCACUAUAUCAGACAAGCACCUUGAAAGUUGUUUAAGGAUUUCCACAACUUCAAUCGAUCCAGAUAUUGAUUCAUUACUUUCACAAAAAAGGAAAUUUCAAAUUUCACAUUAA